UUAGUAUUGCCGAGAUUUUGUCUUACGUCAGAAUCUUUCCGAAAUUUACUGUUUUCCCGUUUCAGCUGGACAAAGUUAAUUAAGGGCCCGCCCAGACAUCGUAUUUUUAUGUGCUCACACAUCUCGGAGAAAUGUAUGGGACAUAGAGGGGCAUUUAAAAGCGAACCGAACGCUGGUCCACGGCCAGUUCCGCUUAUACAACGGACGAGAAAAUUUCUCCAGGUGCAAGGCUGCCACAAACCAAAAGGAUACCCACCAGGUCCAAGAUGGUGGCCUAUUUUAGGCUGUGCGCUGGAAGUGGCGCGUAUCCGUCAGGAGACCGGAUAUCUCUUCAAAACCUGCUCAACGCUCUGCAAGAAGUAUGGCCCAGUAGUCGGUCUAAAGAUCGGUAAAGACCGCAUCGUCGUUUUGAACGACCUAGAAAGCAUGCGAGCAAUGCUGACUAAUGAAGACUGCGAUGGCAGACCAAUCGGACCCAUUUACGAGGCCAGAACUUGGGGCGCUAGACGUGGUCUCAUCGUCGUGGAUGAGCGGUUGUGGGUGGAACAACGACGAUUCGUUUUGCGACACCUGCGAGAGUUUGGCUUCGGUCGUACCAGCAUGGCCAUGAUUAUCGAAGACGAGGCACUGAAGCUAGUGGAACACUUCAAAAAACUGCUUCGAGACGGCUAUAAUUAUGAUAUCAUUGAUAUCCGAAAAUCGACGAUGAAUAAUAAUAAUACCGGACAGAUAUAUAAGUUGCAGAAAGACUCCAAGAACAAUCUAAAUAAGUCGAAGCUGUGCGACAAGUUCAAUAUAAUCGAUAAUAAGAUCUCCAAUCAUAAGCCUUGGACAGUAGCAGAUUUAUACAUGAAGGCUGAAGAUUAUGCGGAAGUCAGAAGAGUCUCCCAAUCAACGGGAAUGAUCAUAACUAUGCACGACGUCUUCGGUGUGACCGUAUUGAACACCCUUUGGAGAAUGAUGGCUGGUAGAAGAUACGAUACUGGCGAUAAAGAGCUUACGUACCUACAGCGAAUUCUCACGAAACUCUUGAAAGAAAUCGACAUGAUCGGCGCGCCUUUCAGCCAUUUCCCGCCGUUACGCUUCAUCGCACCGGAAAUGUCCGGCUACAAAUCGUUUCUACAAACGCAUCAAGAAUUGUGGGCAUUUCUGAAAGAGGAAUUAUACAAUCAUAAAAAUACAUUCAUAUCAAGCGCACCGCGAGAUUUGAUGGACGUCUAUCUAACUGUGCUGAAUUCGAAAGAUUGCAGCGACACGUUCUCAGAAUCACAGUUGUUGGCGAUCUGUGUCGAUCUCUUCAUGGCCGGCUCCGAAACAACUUCAAAAGCGCUUGGUUUUGGAUUCUUGUACUUGAUACUGUUCCCGCAGGUUCAAAGGAAGGCACAUGAAGAAAUAGAUAGAGUUCUUGGUCGCGACAGAUCUCCCACAUUGGCCGACAGACCGAGAAUGCCAUACAUCCAAGCUAUCGUCCUGGAAUCUUUAAGAAUGUUCAUGGGUCGUACUUUGAAUGUUCCACAUAGAGCAUUGAAAGACACUUUUAUUGUGGGCCAUAAAAUACCAAAAGACACAAUGCUCAUUGUGAAUUUUAAUAGAGUACUCAUGGAUGAGUCUUGGAACGACCCGGAAGAUUUCCGGCCGGAGAGAUUCCUUGAUAGUAGUGGCAAUGUCGUUACGCCAGAAAAAUAUUUUCCUUUUAGCAUCGGCAGACAUCGUUGCAUGGGGGAGAUAUUAGCUAGAAGCAACAUCUUCGUAAUAACGGCCACUCUGCUGCAGGCGUUCAACUUCUCCGUGAUUCCCGGUGAGCCGCGACCUUCCACGCAAGAUUUUGUAGACGGUGUCACGGCCGGUCCCAAACCAUACAGAGCAUUAGUUUCCCUGAGAACGUAACUGAGGCAGCAUUUGUAACUUUUUGGGACAGUAUGUAU